AUGAUGACCAUGAACGGCAAGCAGCAUUUCUCGAUGCACCCGGCCCUGCACGAGCCCAAGUAUCCCGGCCUGCACGCAGGCUCGGAGGGCAUGCGCAGAGUCUGUCUGCCCGCCCCGCAGCUGCAGGGCAAUAUAUUCGGAGGCUUUGAUGAGAGCCUGCUGGCACGGGCAGAGGCUCUGGCGGCUGCUGACAGCAUUGUCUCUCACGGCAAGAGUCACCCGUUCAAACCAGACGUGACUUACCAUACCAUGAGCAGUGUCCCCUGCACCUCAGCCUCCUCUUCUUCCUCCACCACCGUGCCCAUCUCCCACCACCACCACCACCACCACCUCGGACAGACCCUGGAUGCCGGGGACCUCCUGGAGCACCUCUCCACCAGCCUGGCCGUGACCGGGAUGGGUGCUCCGGAGCCUCCAGGGAUGACGGCGGCGCACCACCACCAGCACCCUCACCACCACCUGCAGACCAUGGGGCAGCUGCACCAGGCGAUGGCCAACAUGGCCCACCCCCACUCCAUGUCAGUGCACGGCGGCAUGGCGUGCGUCAACGACGUGGAGUCGGAUCCCAGGGAGCUGGAAGCCUUCGCCGAGCGGUUCAAGCAGAGGAGGAUCAAACUCGGGGUGACCCAGGCGGACGUCGGGUCAGCGCUGGCCAACCUCAAGAUCCCCGGGGUGGGGUCCUUGAGCCAGAGCACCAUCUGCAGGUUCGAGUCCCUCACUUUGUCCCACAACAACAUGAUCGCGCUCAAGCCGGUUCUCCAGGCCUGGCUGGAGGAAGCCGAGGCUGCGUACCGGGAGAAGAGCAACAAGCCGGACCUUUUCAACGGGAACGAGAGGAAAAGGAAGCGCACCUCCAUCGCCGCGCCGGAGAAGCGCUCUCUGGAGGCGUACUUUGCCAUCCAGCCUCGGCCCUCCUCGGAAAAAAUUGCGGCCAUCGCGGAGAAGCUGGACCUGAAAAAGAACGUGGUUCGCGUGUGGUUUUGCAACCAGCGGCAGAAACAGAAACGAAUGAAAUACUCUGCGGUGCACUGA